AUGACAUUAAGUCAAGCACCUUCUUUAAAGAAUUGGACUGGUCGUGACCCUGUAUUGGGUUUUGAGGGUGAUAUUGAUUAUUUUGAUGUUCUUCUGUUUAAAUAUCAAAGCCGUUCCCACAACUUCAAAAAAUUAUUCUUUGUACCAUCUCCAGAAGUUGUUCAGGUUAAUGAUUCAGUUAUUACCUUUCACUAUCCAGGCACAGGGAAGGCCCUUCCUCCAUAUUCCAUGAACUCUGAAAGCAAAGAAUGGAGUCCUUGUAAGACCCAUCUAUACACCGUUUCCAACCAACAUUCCAUAGUUUCUAAUGACAUGUUACCGAACAGUGACGAAUUAUCUAGAGAGAGAAUUCAAAGUAAAAUUGAUGCAAUCAAUGAGGAAAUUAAAUUCAUUCGAGCACAUCCAAAAACAAUUAUUGGAGGAAGUGGAUCGAAACGAAGCUCCAUAACGAAAUCCAAAAGAUGGUCUCUUCCUUCCAUUGUAUCAGGAGAUGCAAUGAGCUCUGGUGGAGCCACAAGCUCAAACUCAAAUUUGAUUUUGGAACAAACAGUUCUUGGUGGAGGAAACUCCAAUUCAAAUCGAAGGUCACAAAACGAAGAGGAAUUUUUCAUGGAUUUACAACAACGAUUGAAUAAGCAAUAUGGAGGAAUGCCCGCAAAUUUAAUGGACAAUCCUUAG